AUAAAAUCUUAAAAUGAGCGAAGCUCCUCACUCUUCCAGCAUGGCGGAUAGCAAUUCCACAGUAGAACAAUAUCGUUCGUUGAAACGGAAAAUGAUCGAGAAAAAGGAUCUGAUGAGAAACAAUCGAACAGCACUUCGCGCAUGUAUCCUGUUCAAUUGUCUCCUCGGAACUUCAAUACGAGACGCUUAUAAUCAAUUUUGCCGAGCCGUUGGAUCCGAUGUUAUGGAAUAUCGAGAAUACGAGUUCUGGUUCUAUCAAUUUAAAAGAGGAGAUGCUGAUUUCAGCGAUGCAAUUAGUUGGAAUCCAAACACAAUAAAGCUUGAUGAAUUGCCAAUCGAAGUGAUUAAUACGAUUUCCAGCUUCUCUAUGCCAAUGGAGAGACUAACGCUUCGAAAAGUGUCUAAAAACCUGCGCACACUCAUCGAUUCUGAGCCGUUUUGUUUCCAAAGGAUUAUAGUACGAAUUGGACAUCGAACAUCGUAUCUUCAAUUGGACGGUUAUCCGGGAAUUGAAUAUAUUCAUUGUGGUGCCGAUUGCAAUGUUUUAUAUGGAAAACGUGAUAAAUAUGUUAAAAACAAGAAUCACGUUGAAUAUGCUCUGACGGAAGCCAUUCAAUUGAUGAGAAAUUCAAAUAAUCACAGCAAAGAGUUCCACGUGAGAGCAGAACGAUCAAACGAUCAGGAAUUGUCAAUGGUUCUCAGGAAAUUUUUCGAUUCUGUGGAAAUUGAGCUUUAUGCGAAGAAAAUUGUCGUCAGUGGAUUCAGUUUUGCCGAUACAUCUUCGGUUCUUUGCCAUUUCAAAGCGGGAUUUCUCGAGGAAAUUCAGGUGUUACCGGGUUCCGGUGGCCCGUGGACCAACGUACUCGUCGAAAUGGAACAAUACAAGAAGGCAAAAGUAUUGAAGAUUUGCACGGAAUUUCCAGUUUUACUGGAUAUCGAGGAUUUGCUGCAUUUCCGACGGUUCGAAAUUGCGAUAAAAUCAGAUUUCACUGAAAGAAUGGCCAGAAAAAUUCGCGAUGUUCUCACCAAUUCUGAACAUUUCGAAUAUGCCCACAUAAUAACUCAAGAUCUUCACCAUCGGACAGUCAUUAAAUUCUUCAAUCGAAAUGCUGAAAAUGUAUUCUGGAAUUAUGGAUCCAUGAAUUAUAAUAACAAGAAGCGCCUCUUCCACAUUGAGUACAAUCACCGACAAUUUGUAAUCAAAAAAUUAAACAUGUAGAUAAUCAAACAAAAAUUGCCUUCUUCUCGAAAAUGUAUGUACUGAUAUUUGAUUUGCACACUUACCCCUUGUUUUACUCUUUUUACUCUGAGAUUUUUCUUGCAAUAAACCUUUGUUCAGGUUAAA